AUGGGCAGCCAGCUUUGCACGGCGACGGAAACGGAGGUGAGAGAUGUGCUGACCGAUGCCGCAAGCUUGCGUGCGAUGAAGGACAAGUCUUCCAGCACAAGCAAAAGCACGUGGACAGUGAUACUGCGCAAGUAUCCUGGCUGUUCCUUGGGGAUGGACGUGGACCUCUUCGAAGGUACGGCACUCGUGGUUUACGUGGUAUGCAAGACAGGUCUAGUGGCGGACUGGAACAACGAAAACCCGAGCAAGGCAAUUCAGAAGGGCGAUCGUGUUCUUGAGGUCAACGGAACAAAAGGGGACGCGUGGGCUUUGGCCCAUGCGUGCAUUGAUGAUCAAGAGCUCAAGAUAGUUGUGCAAAGAGUGUCUCACUGCACUCUGAAGCUCUGA